AUGGACAAGAUUAUGCAGUACAUGCAAGCACAUGCCUCAGGCUUGCAAUGUAUGGCCACGCAAAUGGGCAAUGUUGAAGCGCGCCUGCAGCACAUGGAAGAGCUCAGUAAAAGGUUCAGCGCCAAACUCGAAUCAGAAGCCCUAGUAGAGGACCACGAUGCCGUGAGGCUACGAUCGGAGCUUGAUGACCACCGGACAGCACCCCACAAGCUCAUACGGUAUUGGCCCAGCAUACGACCAAUUCUGCAAGCGGCGGGUGUCAAUUACUCUGACAAUUACGUCCGAGAUCUUGAGGACCGUAGUAUGCUGUCACUGUAUACCCCGGGGGGGGUGGACGACUAUGCUACACGAUCGAGUAGUCGAUCACGCACGCCAACGAGCGAUGCCGACGUGUGUGAAUCACCUGUAACUUAUAGCGAGCCUCAAACGGUGCUGUCUCCGGUAUGGGGCGAUUUGAGACCUGACGACUCACUCCAGCUUGACGUGGAGACCAUCAACAUGUUAUACGAGAGCUAUGUCAAGCACAUACAUAUCAUGCACCCAUUCAUCGACGUACGCAAGCUUCGCCGCAUGGUCGAAUGUUUCGUCGGGGUGCAUGGUACGAGUACACAAGAUGCUGGCGCUGCCUCCCCGGAAAUGCAAGCAAGCCACGAUUCAACAAAUCCUCUCAAGCGGAAACGGAACGACCGGCCGGCCGAAUCCCGCAUGCCAACGCCGCCGCACGCAAGCUUUAGGAAUAAGGCGAAGGGGAGACAGGCGCAGCACGCUGUCGUAUAUCUUGUAUUGGCUCUUGGAAAGGCGUGUUUGCAUAAACAUGCCAUAUCAGGAGUCUGGCAUGACACAGCUAUGGACAACGGCAUGAAUUUCAGCAGCACCGCUCCGACGCGAAAGCACUCCACCGCUUCCGUGAUGACAGAGCAGAUAUCGCCUACUAUAAGCUUCUCUUCUGUGAAACAGGGGUUACAAGGCCAUCUCAGCACGCCAUUGACGGAGCUUCCGAUACGUCAUCCGUCUGUCACUAGCACGAUGUCUGUCGCUUCAGCCAACGUCCAUCGCCUGCCUGGUUUAGCGUACUACGCCAAGGCAGCGGUGAUCUUAGGCGAGCAAGGUGACGGCAAUGACCUCAUACAUGCACAGAUGUUCUUGCUUGCUGGUUUGUACAAGGGCCAGCUGGCCCGGGUGGUCGAAAGCAUGAGCUGGAUCACGAGAGCCAGCCGUGUGGCCAUGACACUGCUCGAACGCUACCAGCUCUAUACGGAUUACUGGACAGCGCAUGGUGACAUCCGUAAGAAGCUCGCCAGAGGCCAGGCGCGCAUCACCAGCAAGAAUGCUAAUUUGGUUGUUCUUGUAUCCUGGUCAUGCUUACAAUUAGAAAGCGACAUCCUUGCCGACAUUCGACUACCAUCUAGUGGCAUUCAGAGCAUCGAGAACUCACUAUUGAUGCCACAUAACAGCCAAGAAGACGGAGAUGGUGUCCAUGAACAAUUUCCACGUCACGAGAACCAGGACGAGUAUGAUAAUAUUCUGAUAUAUUAUACCGCACAGCUUUUUCUUCGUCGGAAGCUGAAUCAGAUACACCGAGAGAUGUACGGAUCUGAUUGCCUCAGUCAACCGCUGGAGCAAGUGCGCGAAACACUGGGUGGCUACGAGCUAUUGCUACAUUCCUGGCGAGGCUCGUUACCGGGUGGCUAUAAGUGGGACGAUAAGGAGAAGCCGGCGGAAAGUUUACUCGCCGCCAGGCUCCGUGCAAAGUACUAUGGUAUGUCACACCUUCAUGCGUCAUAUCCUUUGCUCUUACUCCUCACUUCUGACUACUCGAGUCCAACAUCAUUCACGCUUGAGCCUGUCGUGCAUUUAUGCGCACGCUACUUGGUCAACCGACCGUUUCUCGAUUAUGCCCUGCACAUCAUGCCAGCCAUCAAAGACGGUAGAACUGUGAGGGAAGCAGCACGCGAUGUAAUCGGCGAACCGCGCCAUGAGGCCGACAUCCACAUCUUCGAAGCAAUUCAAGGCAUGUCAGAACCUGGAAUCUUGAGAGCCUGUAGACGCUGCAUCGAGGCUGCUAUUCAGAGUACUAUCGCCUUCGAUGGUGUCCCUGAGCACGACCUCAUCGUAACUAAUAUCCACGGCACAGCUCACGCACAAUUUGGGAACAUGCUUGUUCUCUCAGCAGCAUAUUACAGCAAGAAUUUAAAUCCGAUGGUACCUCCGGAUCAUUUCAAGACCCUGCUUGAGCGGACGGUCGCCUUUCUCCGCCGAGUGGCAUCUAUAUCACCUACAUGCAAAGUGGACAGCGAAAUAUUGGAGGAGCUGCAUUGGAGGUCUUUUGGAGUUGCGCAUCGUACAUGA